AUUUGGUGCAGAGAGGGAAACGCCAACGUGCAAAGGCAAAAAGCUAAAGGCAAAAAAAAAAGCAAAGCAGUUUCGUGCGUCUCCGAGUGAAGUAUCAUUUGGACCAUGAUGUCAGUGUCUGGGAGGAAGGAGUUUGAUAUGAAGCAGAUCCUGAGGCUGAGGUGGAAGUGGUUCAGUCACCCCUCUCAGGGCUCUUCUGGGAACGGUGGCUGUCUCCAGGAGGGAUUUGAGCACCGUAACAUGGGUCAGAACAGGUUGAAAAGCCAUUCCCGGGACAGGGGUGGACUCAAGAAAACCAGCAGCCCCGUAAACAGUUUACUGGCACCUGUGCCUGGUCCAGUUUACAGCAGAGGUGACAGUCAGCCAUGGCAUCAGCAGAGCACAGUGGCACACACCCCAGAGAAUGAAGGACUCUCCAAAAUCUCGACCCAAGACCACACGAUCAAAGAAGAGAAGGCAAACCGGGAGGCAGUGGAAUCAGGCACUGUUGAUCUGGCAGAAGAACCUGCAGACAGAUUUCCUUUAAGCAGCUGCUCUCCUAGCAGGAUGAGUUCUGGUGGUUCAGAUGAGUUCUUCCAGUCCAUGAAUCACGCUGAACAAACUUUUCGGAAGAUGGAGAACUACCUCCAGCAUAAGCAGCUGUGUGAUGUCCUCUUGAUCGCUGGGGACCACAAGAUCCCGGCACAUCGGCUGGUCCUUAGUGCUGUCUCGGACUACUUUGCUGCCAUGUUUACAAAUGAUGUCCGCGAGGCAAAGCAAGAGGAAAUUAAAAUGGAAGGCGUGGACCCAGAUGCACUUAAGGCACUGGUGCAUUAUGCAUACACAGGUCUACUGGAGCUGAAAGAGGAAACUAUUGAGAGUCUCCUGGCUGCAGCGUGCUUACUCCAACUCUCUCAAGUGGUAGAGGUGUGCUGCAACUUCCUCAUGAAACAACUACAUCCUUCAAACUGUUUGGGUAUAAGGUCAUUUGGUGAUGCUCAAGGCUGCAUGAAUCUGUUGAAAGUGGCUCAUAGUUAUACCACAGAACAUUUCUUGGAAGUGAUAAAGAAUCAAGAAUUCCUUCUGCUUCCAGCCAGUGAGAUUGAAAAGCUUCUCGCCAGCGAUGACAUCAAUGUUCCUGAUGAGGAGACCAUAUUUCAUGCUCUAAUGUUGUGGGUAAAACAUGAUUUACAGAAGAGGCAAAAGAAUCUGGCGAUGCUCUUGUCUUACAUCAGACUCCCGCUACUUCCUCCGCAGCUCUUAGCAGAUUUGGAAAAUAAUCCAAUGUUUGCCGACGACUUAGAAUGUCAGAAACUCCUGAUGGAAGCGAUGAGGUAUCAUCUGUUGCCAGAGCGACGGCCCAUGAUGCAGAGCCCCAGAACCAAGCCCCGCAAGUCGACGGUGGGAGCGCUUUAUGCUGUUGGGGGAAUGGAUACGACCAAAGGUGCUACAACGAUAGAAAAAUAUGACCUGCGAACAAACACCUGGAUACAAGUAGGCACCAUGAAUGGAAGACGGCUGCAGUUUGGAGUGGCAGUGAUAGACAAUAACCUGUACGUGGUUGGUGGCAGGGAUGGAUUAAAAACCUCUAACACUGUUGAAUGCUACAACCCAAUAGCCAAGGUCUGGUCUAUAAUGCCACCAAUGUCUACCCACCGACAUGGCCUCGGAGUAGCAGUACUUGAAGGACCAAUGUAUGCAGUAGGCGGACACGAUGGAUGGAGUUACCUUAACACAGUAGAAAGAUGGGACCCACAAGCCCGUCAAUGGAACUACGUAGCAAGCAUGUCAACUCCAAGAAGCACAGUGGGUGUCGCAGCAUUAAAUGGCAAGCUGUACGCUGUAGGUGGACGUGACGGGAGCUCUUGUCUGCGGUCGAUGGAAUGUUUUGAUCCGCACACCAAUAAAUGGAGCAUGUGUGCGCCGAUGUCCAAACGAAGAGGAGGAGUGGGGGUGGCCACUUGCAACGGCUUCCUUUACGCAGUAGGAGGGCACGAUGCCCCUGCUUCAAACCACUGUUCUCGGCUGUCGGACUGUGUUGAACGAUAUGAUCCUAAAACAGAUACCUGGACAACUGUGACCUCUUUAAGUGUAUCGCGAGAUGCUGUUGGGAUGUGUCUCCUUGGAGACAGACUAUACGCAGUGGGAGGAUAUGAUGGGCAGACUUACUUAAAUACUGUCGAGUCUUACGAUGCACAAAACAACGAGUGGACAGAGGAGGUUCCUCUCAACAUUGGAAGAGCUGGGGCUUGCAUUGUCGUAGUUAAACUGCCGUGAAAAGGCCCAGUGAUGGAAACACCCAUCUUACGCUGUACAUAAGUCAGCUUUAAAAAAAACUAACGUUGCAUUGUAUGUUUAUAUAGUAUCAAACAUUCCAAAACGCAUUGUUUCAGAAUUAUCACAGGACCAGGUGUAUACUACUGUACCUGACUCUUGAAAUUCUUACCAGUAACUGAACGUUUCCUGGUAUUGCACAACACGGAUAGAAGAGACUACUGUACACAAAUCUGUCGCAUGAAGUGUCCCACAACUAAUACAGCACAUCCAUUUAAAAGUCUGCAAAGAUGUAGGAAGAUGAAGAAACAUAGAGACUGAUUUAGGACCACCGAACAACAACUUGAUUACAAGCAUAACGUUUAAAGUCAAUAAAAACUAAACUCUCAACAGAAGUUAGACAGAUGUUAUUCAUCAAACAUCUGGUUUUCAAUCUACGAAGACAUCUUCAUACUUUGCUCUCAAUUCUCCAUCACUUCACCAAAAAUCAUGUGCAAAUAAAUAAUUACGGAUAUCAGCAGAGCAGUUUUAGAAACUCUUCUCGAUCUAUUUUGGUCUCCACUGUUACCUAUGCCAUUCCUCCACACUGCCAUUAAACCCCAGCAAUAGGAACUCUCAGCAUAAUAUGGAAUAUCAAAGGAUCAAAGAAUAAGAAUUAGAAAUGUAGGUUUUGUACAAGUGAUUUUUCAACUCAACCACUGACUUUCACAAAGUUGACAAAUAAGGAAUGAAGAGAUAUUAACAUACAAAACUCAAGGUUCUCUACCUCAGCCAUUAAAAGAACUGUUAUCUUCAAAAAACCAACUGAGGUUUACACUGGGAGUUGGGAACUGGAAUGCUCCACACUUCCGCUCAUUCCUCAUCAUCAGUAAAGACUCUUUCGAAUUAUUCUAUGAUUAACUGGAAUGGACUCCAGUGGAUGCCCGAUCAUUGUUGGUUUGCAACACCAGCUUCAGGUUGCACCAGGACAAAACCAAAUGAGAUCUGCACUCACUUGGCGGUAGAACAAACAGCAAGAAAAUAACAAACAACCAUGGGCAGUACAAUUUUCAAAGUUAGUCCACUGGACUUUCCUGCUUAUCCUGUGUCAUGUUAAUGUGAAGGUCACACAGACAGCUUAUAUGGAGUAAUAAAGUGUGCAAACUACAAUAUUGGGAAAUGACUCGUUAAACCUAAUGUAUUUGAUACUGUCAAUGCUUGAGUCUCAUCGUGUCCAUAUAAAAGCAGUCAAGAUGGUGCUCCAGCUUAGCAGAAAUUUACAUUGUUGUGGUACUUCCAGGAUGUUGUGUAUUUAAGGACCACUGAACUCUUCCAGCCCUUAUAUUCUCACAAUGUUUACAGUUCAGCUGUCAAUCUUAACUCUUGUGCUGCACCUGGAAGAGAAGACUUCCAGUUUUGGAGUUAAAACAGCUGGCAGGAGUUGUGAUGGAUCUAUCACUUUGUAAUUGAGUAUUUACAGUACAUAAUGCUGGUUUCCAUGUGAUUUUUAUUCCAAAUUCAAUGAGGCAAAUUAAAUUUAGCAGAUGGAUUGCAAAUUAGAUAUUGUUUGGCUUCAAAAAAAGAAACUAAAUUUAGCAACUUCGUUCAUGAGCCAUUGAUGUUAAAUGAAAUAUUUUGGGUGAAUAUUAAGGUUUUGAAAGGUUAUAUGAUGUGCAAAAUGAAUAUUUUUGAGGUCUUAUGAGACAAUUUUAUGACGCAAGAGGCCAAAAAUUCUACUGAGAACAGCUAUUUUACACUGUCUUUCAGUAUUAUGUGAUUGUAAGGCUAUGAAAAGUGUUUAUGUAAGCUUGCGUUUUUCAGCACUGUAAUUUAUAACAAACAUUGUGCUCAUUAUUGUGUGUGUUUUUUGUUUUCUCGAGCAUGCAAGGAUGCAGUCGCUUUCUUAUUGCACUCUUGGUAUAUUUGCCUGUAAACUUUCUGUGUCAUUACUCUGCAGAUGCCACUUUGCAAAUAAAGUCAUUUGAAACAAG